CCGAUCCCGGCCGGCAUGAUGUGCCUGGAAUGCGCCUCGGCGGCGGCGGGCGGCGCGGAGGAGGAGGAGGCAGACGCGGAGCGGCGGCGCCGGCGCCGGGGGGCGCAGCGAGGGGCCGGCGGUGGCGGUUGCUGCGGGGCGGGGGCAGCGGGCGCCGCUGGAGUCGCGACCGCCGACGAUGAGGUGCAGACGCUGUCGGGCAGCGUGAGACGGGCCCCUUCCGGACCCCCCAGCACCCCCAGCACUCCCGGCUGCGCAGCGGCUGUCAAGGGCCCGGGCGCGCAGCAGCCCAAACCAGCCAGCUUGGGCCGCGGGCGGGGGGCAGCCGCCGCCAUCCUCAGCUUGGGCAACGUGCUCAACUACCUGGACAGGUACACCGUAGCAGGUGUUCUUCUGGAUAUCCAGCAACACUUUGGGGUCAAGGACCGCGGCGCCGGUUUGCUGCAGUCAGUUUUCAUCUGCAGCUUCAUGGUGGCCGCCCCCAUCUUCGGCUACCUGGGUGACCGCUUCAACAGGAAGGUGAUCCUCAGCUGCGGGAUUUUCUUCUGGUCGGUGGUCACGUUCUCCAGCUCCUUCAUCCCCCAGCAGCACUUCUGGCUGCUGGUCCUCUCCCGCGGGCUGGUGGGCAUCGGCGAGGCCAGCUACUCCACCAUCGCGCCCACCAUCAUUGGCGACCUCUUCACCAAGAACACGCGCACGCUCAUGCUGUCUGUCUUCUACUUCGCCAUCCCGCUGGGCAGCGGCCUGGGCUACAUCACCGGCUCCAGCGUGAAGCAGGCGGCCGGAGACUGGCACUGGGCCUUGCGGGUGUCCCCCAUCCUGGGCAUGAUCACAGGAACACUCAUCCUUGUCCUGGUCCCGGCCACGAAGAGAGGCCACGCCGACCAGCUCGGGGGGCAGCUCAAGGCACGGACGUCAUGGCUCCGAGACAUGAAGGCCCUGAUCCGCAACCGCAGCUACGUCUUCUCCUCCCUGGCCACGUCGGCCGUGUCCUUCGCCACAGGGGCCCUGGGCAUGUGGAUUCCGCUCUACCUGCACCGUGCCCAAGUCGUGCAGAAGACGGCGGAAACCUGCAGCAGCCCGCCCUGUGGGGCCAAGGACAGCCUCAUCUUUGGGGCCAUUACCUGCUUUACGGGUUUUCUGGGUGUGGUCACGGGGGCAGGAGCCACGCGCUGGUGCCGCCUGCGGACCCAGAGGGCUGACCCGCUGGUGUGUGCUGUGGGCAUGCUGGGCUCCGCCAUCUUCAUCUGCCUCAUCUUUGUGGCCGCCAAGAGCAGCAUCGUGGGCGCCUAUAUUUGCAUCUUCGUAGGGGAGACGCUGCUGUUUUCUAACUGGGCUAUCACUGCGGACAUCCUCAUGUAUGUGGUCAUCCCCACCAGGCGGGCUACUGCCGUGGCCCUGCAGAGCUUCACCUCCCACCUGCUGGGGGAUGCUGGAAGCCCCUACCUCAUUGGCUUUAUCUCCGACCUGAUCCGCCAGAGCACCAAGGACUCCCCGCUCUGGGAGUUCCUGAGCCUGGGCUACGCCCUCAUGCUCUGCCCCUUCGUCGUGGUCCUGGGUGGCAUGUUCUUCCUGGCCACCGCGCUCUUCUUCCUCAGCGACCGUGCCAAGGCUGAGCAGCAGGUGAACCAGCUGGUGAUGCCUCCUACAUCCAUGAAAGCCUGAGGCAGUGCUGCUGGGGUAACGAAGGACCCGGACUCCUGCCUAGUCUGGGAGGUGUCCCCCGGCACCCUGGCCCUGCCAGGCUGUCCCGAAGCUUUCCUUGUGACCCACAGCGGGGCUCCCACCAGCUCUGGUCUGGGACUGCUGAGUGGCAGUGGCUCCAAGAAGCUGUGUCCUCAACUAACCUGGAAGGCUGUGUCUGCUGGAGCCAUGCCCUGGGACAGGCCACCCCCAGGCCCCGGUCUGGGCCACAGGGGCCCUGGGGUCCUGGAGGAAGACAGCCCCCCAUGGGUGUGUGGGGAGAGGCUGGCCUGUCCCCAGCUUAUGUGAUCCUGGGGCAGUGUCUGCCCUCCCCAGACCCUGGGGCCAGGAGGCUGGACUUUCCCAUGCAGCUUGCUGGGCAAGGUGCUGGCUGCAGCUUUGAAGACCCAACAGCCCCUGGACUACACAGAAAGGAGGGGGUCCAGGCCUCAGGGCGGCACUUCUGGCUCCCCAAGGGCUGGGUGGGUGAGGACCUCUGACCUUGAGGACACUGGACUCAAUCUGGCAAGAGCUGGGCACCCAAGCUGCUGGAGCUUCCCAGCCUGGCUGGCCACUCUGGAGGACACUGGUCUCUGCCUUGGGCUGGCUGUCAGCUUGGCGGUCUCCCAGGUGGGGGACCGUGCUGACAAGGAGCUGGCGUCCCCGGGAGCGAAGGCCCUGGUGGCAGUGGCACACCACCUGUGCCCCCUGCUUGAGACCUUUGGGGGUUCCCCGUCCCUACAGGGCUCCUCGGAUCCACCGAAGCACCCCCACUGUCCAUCCCCUGCCUGACCAUCCCUACAGAUGCCAGGAACUGACUCUUGCCCCCAGGCUGGACCCCUUCCAGGGGCAGCGCCCAGGGGAGUAUUCCCAGAAUCCGUAGGGCAGGAGCCAGGGCUCUGGCUGCCAGAGGAAACAGCCAUCCUCCAAGCUUCCUGUCCCUGGGAAGAGCCUGGUGGAGGCUAAGGUGCAUCAGGAGAGGCCAGCACUCGAGUCACCUCCCUGUGCAUGUCAGCCACUCAGUUCACACAUUUCCAUGUGGCCGAGACCCCCACCCCCGCAGCCACACACCAGGGUACAGCUGCCAACUUCACAUCAGACCCCCCACGCCCCCACUGACGCUUGUCCCCUCUGCUCCACAGACUCCCUCCCCACCACAUCAAGGUGGUUCUGGUCUGGUGGGCCCCGUGGGGCUGGCAGGAGACCCUAAGAGCCAGCCAGCUUAGUGCUCCCUACUCAGUUACUGGUUGGCUUGGCUUCAGGGGUGGGUAAGUUGGUGGAACACCCACUCCCUACCAAGCUCUGGGGUACCCUAGGAGGGGGGCUUAACCAGGGGGUGGGAUUCCCCCGAAGACCAGCCUGGCCUCCACCCCCACCCCAGCCUCAGCCCGGGGCCCCAGCAAUGUUUUCUUGUUGUGCAAGAACCAGGUCCAAGUGCUGCUUCCUCUUCCUUCCGGAAGCCAAACUGCUCCUUUAUUUUUUAGAGCUGCUGAUUGUGAAUCUCAGAGUCUUAAGAGAGAAGCCAAAUAUAUUCCUCUUGUAAAUGAAGAAAUAAAGCUAUU